GUAUAUAAUCCGAAUUCUAACAGGAAUAUGGAACGUCAUCACCUAUUUAAUAAAAUAAAGUCCAAUGCCUAAACCUCACACACUAGUACAUUAAUUACCAACGAGAUCCACCAGCCGGCUACCACGCGCCGCCGUACCAUCCACCUUACGUAGCUGCAACCUUCUCUGUUUCUUCAUCGAUUGAUCAAUUUGGAGUUUACCAUGGCAGAUUGGAGUGAGAUCCCAGAAGACAUUUAUAGAAAAAUCGCAGUUGAGCAUCUGGAAAAUUUAGAAGAUUUUGAAGCUUUUAAAGAGGUUUGUUCAAAGUGGAGAUAUGCAGUGAAGGGUGUGAAUUUCUGCCCAUCAAAAAAUACCCAACUUCCUUGGCUGAUGCUUGCUGAUCCACCUAACAGCCCACACCGCAGAUUUUACAGUCUCUCUAAACAAAUGUUUCGAAAAUUCAAUCUUCCCCAGUUAGACGAUAAGGAAGAUGAUGAUCACCUGAGGUAUUUCUCUUCGAAAGGUUGGCUGGUUUCUGUUAGCAGGAUGAAUCGUAACAUCACCCUUUUCGACCCUUUCUCUGGUAAAGUAAUCAAGCCACCAAGUGUGCCAUUGGAUUUAAUGGAGUCAGCUUACGAAGAAUGGGAUGACGAUGAUUAUCUAUGUUUCUUUUGGAAAUUUAUCCUAUCUGCAAAUUCAUCAUGCUGUGAUGAUUUUUCUGUUGCAAUGGUGUUUGAGAGAACCAGGAAGUUGGCUUUUUGGAAACCUGGGGAACACAAGUGGACUGAACCCACUGUGGAUUUUCCCACCAACAUUGUGUAUGACGUUUGUUAUUUCAAAGGAGAAUUCUAUGCAAUUGACAACAUAGGAAAAGUUGUGGCAUUUGGAAGUGGGAUAUCAAAGAGGCAGCCAAGAAUCGUUGCUGAUUUGCUUGCUCAAGGUCUUGUAUCAAAUUGUUCUGUAAAUUUAUACCUAGUCGUAGUAGAAAGCUCACUUUUGGUAAUACAUAGGGAUGUGUUUCUACUUGAAGAAGAAGCCAAGGAGAAUGAAGAUUAUUACUGGACAAAAUCUUUUGAGAUAUUUGAGUUGAAUGUUGAAAAUGGUGAAGCCAAACGUGUUAAGUGUGUGGGCGAUUGGGCUAUCUUUGUAGGCCUCAAUUCUACCUUCUCUAUUGAGGCAACAUCGGAUAUACGUGGUUGUAGAUCUAAUUGUAUUUAUUUUACAGAUGAUUGUUGCGAAUUUUAUCUUGGUAGUGGUGUUUCACGCGGAGGAGGAAGCGAUAUAGGUAUCUACAGCUUGACUGAACAAAAGAUCAUUCAGCGAAUUUAUGGAGGUCCUUCACAAUUCAAUUUUCUCACCCCACCUAUGUGGUUGGAGCUGCCUCGUCAAACUGUGCAGGUAGCUGAAAUUGCUAAAAUAUCACCUAAAAAUUGAUAAGCUGCUGAAGUUGUUUGUAUUAGCUGUUUGGUAUAACUAGUUUGUACUUGAUUUUUUUUUAUUGACAUUCUUUUUCCAUAAAGGUUUUAUUAAUCGAUAUUAUUCUUUCUCUUCUUA